CUGCCACCACGCCCGGCUAAUUUUUUUGUAUUUUUAGUAGAGAUGGGGUUUCACCGUGUUAGCCAGGAUGGUCUCGAUCUCCUGACCUCGUGAUCCGCCCUCCUCAGCCUCCCAAAGUGCUGGGAUUACAGGCGUGAGCCACCGCACCCGGCCUAAUUUAUUUAUUUUUAAGACAAGGUCUUAUUCUGUUGCCCAGGCCAGAGUACAGUGGCAUGAUCAUAGCUCACUGCAGCCUUGACCUCCCACACUCAAGCAAUCCUCCAUCAGCCUCCUGCGUGGCUGAGACUACAGAUAUGCACCAUCACGCCCAGCUAAUUUUUUGAUUUGUUUGCAGAGAUGAGGUCCCACUGUAUUGCCCAGGCUGGUCUUGAACUCCUGGGCUGAAGCCAUCCUCCUGCCUCGGCCUCCCAAAGUGCUGGGAUUACAGGUGUGAGUCACCGUGCCCAGUUUAUACUGGUUUUUCAAUCUCAUAAUCAGGAGGCUACUAAGUGACAAAUGAGUGGGCAUGGGGGGAGUGGUGUCUCCAGCAUGGAUCUGCUGGACAAAGGGGUGAUUCAUGACCCUGGGCGGGACAGAGAGGGAUGGAGCAAGGCAGUCCGAGAUUUCAUCAUGCUCCUCAGAACAGCACACAAUUUAAAACUUAUGAAUUGCUUAUUUCUGGAAUUCUCCAUUUAAUAUGUUUGAACUGUGGAAACCUCAGAAAGAGAAACUUUGAAUAAGCGGGGACUACUGUACUCUCAACUGACUCUCACCUCUGCUGUCCCCCUCGCGUGUCAUAAUGUUGGCAUCCUGUUUGUUGUCUCUACCUCAGGGGACAGGAGGUGACAGAGCAUUUGCUGGGAGAGGACACCGAGGGGGUGACCCUCGUGUGCAGAUGAGCAAGUGAAUUCUUUUUUGUUUUUUGCUUUUUGUUUGAGACGGAGUCUUGCUCUGUCGCCCAGGCUGGAGUGCAGUGGCACAAUCUGACUCACUGCAGCCUCCGCCUCCCGGGUUCAAGCAAUUCUCCUGCCUCAGCUUCCUCAGUGGCUGGGAUUGCAGGCACGUGCCACCACACACAGCUCAUUUUUGUAUUUUUAGUAGAGACAGGGUUUCACCAUGUUGGCUAGGCUGGUCUCGAACUCCUGACCUCAGGUGAUCCACCCACCUUGGCCUCUCAAAGUGCUGGAAUUACAGGUGUGAGCCACGGCACCCAGCUGGGCAAGUGAAUUCUGACUAAUCUCUCUCCAACCUUGCAACCACUUCAGGAAGUGUCACCAUGGUCCCCAUUGUACAGAUGCAGAAACUGAGGCACAAGAAGGGUAAUGGACUCAUUGCCAGGGGCUCCAGGUGAGACAGUGGCCCAGUGAACUUUCUUGUUCCAAAGCCUCUAGCUGCAAUAGUGUCUAGGAAGUUCCCUCCGAGUUGGCCAGAAAAUAAUCCCAAUGACUCUUAGGCUUGAACUCUGUUAGUUUUUCUUAUUAAUUAACAGACUUUUUGGGUUUUAUUUAUUUAUUUAUUGUUUUGAGACGGAGUCUAGCUCUGUUGCCCAGGCUGGAGUGCAAUGGCGAGAUCACGGCUCACUGCAAGCUCCUUCUCCCAGGUUCACACCAUUCUCCUGCCUCAGCGUCCCAAGUAGCUGGGACCACAGGCGCCCGCCACCACACCUGGCUAAUUUGUAUUUUUACUAGAGACGGGGUUUUUCAUCGUGUUAGCCAGGAUGGUCGUGAUCUCCUGACCUCGUGAUCCACCCGCCUCGGCCUCUCAAAGUGCUGGGAUUACAGGCGUGAGGCACCGCGCCCGGCCUAUUUAUUUAUUUAAGAGGGAGUCUUGCUCUGUCGCCCAGGCUGGAGUGCGGUGGCGCGAUCUUGGCUCACUGCAACCUCUGCCUCCCGGGUUCAAGCCAUUCUCCUGCCUCAGACUCCGAGUAGCUGGGAUUACAGGCAUGAGCUACUACGCCUGGCUAAUUUUUGUAUUUUUAGUAGAGAUGGGGUUUCUACUUCAUUUGAGAGGCUGGUCUCGAACUCCUGACCGCAGGUGAUCUGCCUACCUUGGCUUGCCAAAGUGUUGGGAUUACAGGCGUGAAGCACCACGCCUGGCCUAUUCCUUUUUUUUUUUUUGAGACAGAGUUUUGCUCGUUGCCCAGGCUGGAGUGCAAUGGCGUGAUCUCAGCUCACCACAACCUCCACCUCCGGGGUUCAAGCCAUUCUCCUGCCUCCACCUCCCGAGUAGCUGAGAUUACAGGCAUGUGCCACCACGCCCAGCUAAGGCUUUGUAUUUUUAGUAGAGACAGGGUUUCUCCAUGUUGGUCAGGCUGAUCUUAAACUCCCGACCUCAGGUGAUCCACCCGCCUUGGCCUCUCAAAGUGCUGGAAUUACAGGCGUGAGCCACCACGCCCAGCCCUCCUUUCUUUUUGAAUAGUCCUGGCACCGUUGCCAAAGAUGAGCUGACCAUAUAUGCAUAGGUUUAUUUCUGCAUCAGUUCCAAUCAUUUAUUUAUAUGUCUAUCCUUAUGCCAAUACCACAGUUUUGAUUAUUGUACCUUUUUAUUGUUUGAAAUGAGAAAGUAUGAGUCCUCGUAUUUUAUUCAAGAUUGUUUUGGCUAUUUGGGGGCCAUUUGCAAUUUAUUAUUAAUUUUAGGAUCAAUUUGUCAAUUUCAACAAAAACAUUGUAAAUUUGAAAGGGAUUACAUUGCAUCCGUAGACCAAUUUGUGGAGUACUGCCAUCUUAACAAUAUUAUACUUUCCAAUCCAUGAACGUGGAAUGUCUUACCAUUUAUUUAGAUCAUCUUUAAUUUUUUAUUUCAGCGAAGUUUCAGUUCUUCUGCUUGUUUCGAGACAGGGUCUCACUCUAUUGCCCAGGCUGGAGUGGAAUGGCAGGAACACAGCUCACUGCAGCCUUAGCCUCCUGGGCUCAAGUGAUCCUCCCACCACAGCCUCCCAAGUAGCUGGGACCACAGGCAGCUGCCACCGGGUCCAGCCUUGGCUUCCCAACGUGCUGGGAUUACAGCUGUGAGCCACCAAGCCCAGCUACAGCUCUCAAGAAGUACAGUCUUGUACUUCUUUUAUUAAAUUUAUGCCUACUUUAUACUUUAUGAUGCUAUGGUAAAUGGAAUUGUUUUCUUAAUUUGCUACUGAUUUUAAAAUCCACUACCUGUGUGAGUUGAACUGCGCUUACACACAUCACUGAAAUGUCCCACUCUCAGAAGUGGCCCAGCCUCCCCAGGCCCACCAGGCCUUCUUCCUCUUCCAGCCCUCUGUUCAGGCAAGAACUCGAUUGGAGGCCUUUCUGGGCACUCAGAGGGACACACCACCACACUAGGAGGGUUAGCUUAAAAAAUUCAACAAGCAUGGCCAGGCGCAGUGGCUUUCGCCUGAAUGCUACCACUUUGGGAGGCCGAGGCAGGAAGAUCGCUUGAGCCCAGGGGUUCAAGGCCAGCCUAGACCAUAUAGCAAGAGCCCGUCCCUCCGGAAAAUGUAAAAAAAAAAAAAAAAAUUCAACAAGCAUAUUUUCAUCCCCUACUUUUUUUUGAGAUGGAGCCUCGCUCUGUCGCCCAAACUGGGGUGCAGUGGCACGAUCUCGGCUCACUGCAACCUCCGCCACCCGGGUUCAAGCGAUUCUUCUGCCUCAGCCUCCCGAGUAGCUAGGAUUACAGGCGCCCGCCACCACGCCCGGUUAAUUUUUUGUGUUUUCAGUAGAGACGGGGUUUCACCGUGUUAGCCAGGAUGGUCUCGAUCUCCUGACCUCGUGAUCCGCCCGCCUCGGCCUCCCAAAGUGUUGGGAUUACAGGCGUCAGCCACCGCGCCCGGCGGUGCAGGAAUUUUAAAACUCGCCAAAAUACGCCCUCCUUCAGAAAAUCCCUGCCACCUCGAUAGGACGUCCUCUUCUUGAGCUCCCCUCUCCGGCCCUCCCUGAUACCGCAAGGUUGAGCAUUCGGGCACUGGCUUCCCGAACUCACUUCGACUCAGGCACAGCAGGCAAAAAGAUUCAAUGGGUAGGGCCGGACCGACUGCCCGACCUUCGCGGUGCUUCACUUACCUCACUGCGCAUGUGCCAAAGACAAUCACCCAAAGUACUCGAAACCCAGCGGCAGGGCCGGCCCUUGCGCAGGCGUACUAGCGGCCGUAGGGAGCGCUUCCUCCUCCCCGCCGCCGCCCUCGCCAUGGCCGCGCCGGCCCCGGGCCUCAUCUCGGUGUUUUCGAGUCCCCAGGAGCUGGGUGCGGCGCUAGCGCAGCUGGUGGCCCAGCGCGCAGCAUGCUGCCUGGCAGGGGCCCGCGCCCGUUUCGCGCUCGGCCUGUCGGGCGGGAGCCUCGUCUCGAUGCUAGCCCGCGAGCUGCCCGCCGCCGUCGCCCCUGCCGGGCCAGCCAGCUUAGCGCGCUGGACGCUGGGUUUCUGCGACGAGCGCCUCGUGCCCUUCGAUCACGCCGAGAGCACGUACGGCCUCUACCGGACGCAUCUUCUCUCCAGACUGCCGAUCCCAGAAAGCCAGGUGAUCACCAUUAACCCCGAGCUGCCUGUGGAGGAGGCGGCUGAGGACUACGCCAAGAAGCUGAGACAGGCAUUCCAAGGGGACUCCAUCCCGGUUUUCGACCUGCUGAUCCUGGGGGUGGGCCCCGAUGGUCACACCUGCUCACUCUUCCCAGACCACCCCCUCCUACAGGAGCGGGAGAAGAUUGUGGCUCCCAUCAGUGACUCCCCGAAGCCACCGCCACAGCGUGUGACCCUCACACUACCUGUCCUGAAUGCAGCACGAACUGUCAUCUUUGUGGCAACUGGAGAAGGCAAGACAGCUGUUCUGAAGCGCAUUUUGGAGGACCAGGAGGAAAACCCGCUGCCCGCCGCCCUGGUCCAGCCCCACACCGGGAAACUGUGCUGGUUCUUGGACGAGGCGGCCGCCCGCCUCCUGACCGUGCCCUUCGAGAAGCAUUCCACUUUGUAGCUGGCCAGAGGGACGCCGCAGCUGGGACCAGGCAUGCGGCCCAUGGGGCUGGGCCCCUGCUGGCCGCCACUCUCCGGGCUCUCCUUUCAAAAAGCCACGUCGUGCUGCUGCUGGAAGCCAACAGCCUCCGGCCAGCAGCCCUACCCGGGGCUCAACACACAGGCUGUGGCUCUGGACAUCCGGAUAUUAAAAGGAGCGUUGCUGGAA